AUGGCUGUGUUUAACAGAGCACAACUAUCAACAGCUGCUGUUUUGUGUGUGAUCAUCCUGCUGACUUUGUAUGUCACGAUAUUCUCUCCUGGAGAUCUAAUCAAAAACAUUCCUGCUCCACAAAAACUGAGGUCUUCCAGGUUGCCAACCCUGAAUCAUCCUCCUGCUCCUGUUUCAUGCAGCUGUCCUCAGGGGUCAGUGCAGCUCAAAGAUCACCUCCCUCAGGACCAGAAGGAGGAGCUGGUGAAACGCCGAGCUAAGGAGUUCCAAAAACACAAAAACAGGACGACCUCUGUAUUAUCCAGACUGCUGUUGGCUUUGCCUAAUUCUCCUCUGCAGUAUCCUAUCCAGGGUUUUAAAGUGCGGCCUUUGACCUCCACUCUCAUACCAGGUUUAGCACUGCAUGCAGGACAAAGAAGCAACUACAAGGUGUCCUUAACUGUGUCCAAAGGAGUCCUGACCACAAAGAUUCCAGCUGAAGGGGUGAAGGUCCAAGGUGAUGGUGAGAACAAACUGAUAAUGGAGUCCAGCAGCCUUGUGACCCUCAAUGACCUGCUGGCUAAAGUGACCUACACCAGCACAGUCUACCAUAUAGACACUGGAGACCUAGCCUCCUUCCAGUUUGAGAACCAUGAAGCCAUAUUUCCCAUUACCAUCAAACAGCCUCAACUGCCAGUCCUGUAUGACAUGGGAACAGAUAUCAGCUCUCACGUCACCAUCACCACAAAGACGUUCCUGCGCUACACACAACUCAAAGCUUUGUUGAGUAGCAUCCGGCGUUUCUAUAGCAACAUAAAAGUCAUCAUUGCAGACGACAGCUUUGAACCAGAGCACAUGACUGGAGAACACAUUGAACAGUACUUCAUGCCUCCAGCACAGGGCUGGUUUGCUGGCAGGAAUCUGGCGGUGUCCCAGGUAACCACCAAGUACUUCCUGUGGUUAGACGAUGACUUUGUGUUUACAGAGAAGACAAAGAUCGAGAAGCUGGUGGAGGUGAUGGAGGCGGUCCCUGAACUGGACAUGGUGGGUGGCACAGUACAAGGGAACCAGUUUUAUUUCUCCAUUCUCUAUGAGGAAGGAGAAGAAAUGGAAGGUGGCUGUCUGCACAGGAAAUCUAAAAAGAAGUUUAGCUCACUUCCUGGUUAUCCACAAUGCUCUCUGACCAGUGGGGUGGUCAACUUCUUCCUAGCACGUACAGAUGCAGUCCAGAAGGUGGGAUUUGACCCUAAGCUCCAGAGGGUAGCACACUCAGAGUUCUUCAUGGAUGGCCUGGGCUCCUUGCUGGUUGCCACAUGUAACCACGUGUCUAUUGGCCAUCAGCGCAAACAAAACCAAUCCAAGUACAACCACUUCAGACACCCUGCAAGGAAUGACGCAGAGUUCAAACUGCGGCUUCACUUCUUUAAGAACCACCUGAAGUGCAUCAAAUAUGGAUAGAAGACCACCAUAGGACACUGAGUUACAUAUUUCCCUGCACUUUUUAACAUAUGUAUUUCAUUUUUAUCUUUCUUCUCUGGUUUUUUAAUUGUUUGAUCCUUUGUGAUUAGUUUUGAAUGAAUUUGUUUUAUACAGUAUCACUGUAUAGCCACACAAGCAUAAUAUAAGUAUUUUAUUAGGCUUAUCUUUGGUGAGAUUUACCUAAAAACAAAAUGAAGUUCAUGGGAAGGCCAACUUUUACUUUUAUAUGGUUGUUAUACAUGGUUAAUAGAGAAAGUUAAAUAAAGAAAUGACUUUUGAUCAUAUGCUAUUUUAUUGGAUUUUGAUUUAUAUAUAGUACUUCAUUAAAUUAUUAGUAUAAAGGUAUUCUGAAAAAAAAUGCAUGUCCAUCAUCUUCUUUGUAAAGCAGGUUAUAAAUUAAAUUUAUUUGUUCCAUUUCAAAGUUCUGUGGGUCAUUCACAUAGUCCAUCCAAUGUCAAUCUCUGUAGAUGGAGCUCAAACCUAAAUAUAUUUUGAAUAAUUUAAAUGUUUUUAGUGUAGUGAAGCAUAAUACAGGUGCCUGUCAAAUUAAGUAAUGGAAACACUAAGCAUAAAAACAUCUGCUGUAUAAAGGCUGGUUAAAGAUAGAAGAGGUAUCUGUGCAGUUAUGUACUUGUGUUAUUGUGGGUGAGAAUACACCAUUUGUCCCUAUUUUGUCAUUGCAGCAUUUCAUAUUAAUCUAACCGUUUGUUUUGUUAUUAUUUAACCAUAUUCUAUCCUGGGUUUGUUUCUGUUAGCAGGUAGGAUUUUUUGUUGUUUUGUUUUGAUUCAGUUUAUUCCCCUCAUACUCACCUGGUGCUCAGGAUAAAGGAAGGAAGCGCCCAGCCACUUCCUCCUUUUGUACCCUGGAUGACAUCAUCGGUGAUGUCACUGGAGCAGACUAAGGAAGGAGGAGAGGCUGAUUUAAAAUAAGUUAUUUUACAAAGUGCUGCCAUG